GCUCCUCUCUGACGACCCGUCGUCCUGCGUCUCUCCCUCUCCUCCUUCGAGGUCCAAGAGCAUGGACUGGAAGGUGAGGGGGGACAUGAACAGGCCCCUCCCGGUCAUCGCCUUCUUCCUCGGCGCGGCGCUGACGGCGGCGUUCGUCUUCCUCGGCGCGACGCUGGACGUGAACUGGCGGUUCUCCGAGAUGGCCGUGUGGGGGAACGGUGCCCGGGACGAGGGGAAACCGUAUGCAGAGCUGGCGGAUAUGCUGAAGAACGCAUCGAUGGAGGACAACACGGUGAUCGUGACGUCCAUCAACCAGGCGUACGCGGCGCCGGGCUCCCUCCUGGACCUCUUCCUCGAGAGCUUCCGGCUCGGUGAGGGCACGGCGCGGCUGCUGGACCACCUCCUCAUCGUGGCCGUCGACCCCGGCGCGCUCCAGACCUGCCGGUCGGUGCACCGCCACUGCUACCUCCUCCGGCCGGACGGCGGCGUCGCCGCCGACCUCGGCGCCGAGAAGCACUUCAUGACCCCGGAGUACCUCGACAUGAUGUGGGCCCGGAACCGGUUCCAGCUGACCAUCCUCGAGCUCGGCUUCAACUUCCUCUUCACGGACAUUGACAUCCUGUGGUUCCGGAACCCGAUGCGGCAUAUCGCGAUCACGUCGGACAUCGCCAUCGCCAGCGACUACUUCAACGGCGACCCGGACAGCCUGCUCAACCUGCCCAACGGCGGCUUCCUGUACGUCAGGUCCAAGAACCGGACGGUGGAGUUCUACCGGCGGUGGCGGGCGGCGCGGCGCCAGUUCCCGGCGGGGACCAACGAGCAGCACAUCCUGGCGCAGGUGCAGGCGCCGCUGACCGGGCAGCUCGGCGUGCGGAUGCAGUUCCUCGACACGGCCAACUGCGGCGGCUUCUGCCAGCUGAGCGGCGACCUGCGCCGGGUGUCCACCAUGCACGCCAACUGCUGCACCGGCCUCCCCAACAAGGUGCAAGACCUCCAGAGCGUGCUCCGGGACUGGCGGAACUACACGUUGGCGCCGCAGGAGCUCCGGCGACGGGGAGGGUUCGGCUGGACCAAGCCCGGCAGGUGCAUCCGCUGACAGACGGACGAAGUGAAGUAGUGAAGCACAGCAGCUGCAGCGAUGCUCAUGUGCUUCUUUGAUUUCUUUGUGAGCAAUUGCCGUCUUGGAUUGCUUUAUGAUAACGCUCCAACUUCAUUUUUUCUAAUAGUUAAAAGAAUCACAUGGCUGUACCAAAGUUUUUCUUCUUUCUUUGGUGGAAACGAGACCACCAGAAGUUGUGCUGUAGGGAACGAACGAUUAUAUUGGUCAGUGCUAUUGACAGUGCAAUUUUGUUCUCAACUUUCAACGGAAUCUGGUCCCAAAAAACUAUUCACUAUAAACGAAUUUUGGUUGGGAAGAAAAAAUC